ACCGCGCCAAGCUGCUGCUGACGGAGAGAGGCGGGAGGCGCGAGCCGCCGUCGGCUUUCAAACCCACCCCCCAACCGCCGCUUCUCCUCACACCCCCUUUUAACCUCAGCCCCUGAAAUCACUCCGUACAAUGGCUGACACCAGGAUCUCUGCCAAACUGCCCCCUCACAUCGACCCCACCAAAGCGCCCAUCGCCUUCGGGGACCGGGCUCUGCCCAAGCUGAACCGGGAGCUGGCCGACCCCGAGCUGCUGACCAGGCAGCGGGCGCUCAUGGCCCUCUGCGACCUCCUCCACGACCCCGAGUUAGCCUACAAGGCCAUAGAGAUCGGCUGCUUAAAGAAUCUGAAAACUCUGCUGGAAGAUGAAGACAGUACUGUCCGUCACAAGACCACAGAAAUUCUCUAUGUUUUGGUCACACAUAGUAUUGGCAGGUUUGCAUUUCUCAAACAUGAUGUAAUUCAGCCACUCUCUAAGCUGCUUGAUGACCCUCAGCCAAUUUGCCGUAAAUAUAUGCAUAUGGCUCUGGAAAUGUUAUCUGAGAUCCCUACAGGUGCUGCCGGCAUAGUGGACGCUGGCCUGAUCCCCCCACUGAUUGAGAAGCUACGCACUGAGCUUGACGAGAUACAGGAGCUGAUCUUACAGACGCUGCACUUCUGUUUGCUCAUUAACACAGAGGAGGCUCUGGGGGCUGACGCUGUGGUGGUGUUGAAAGAAAAGCUAGAUCACAGAUCUGUUUCUAUCAGAAGCAAAGCCACGCGAGCUAUCAUGGAUAUCAGUGUCCCCUUGGAAGGAAAAAACAAAGUGUGUGAAGAGAAGGUGAUCCCGUUGCUGGUGAAGCUUCUGAAGGACCGGGAGACAGAGGUCAGGGCUAAAGCGGCAGGAGCCCUGAUGUUUGCUGCUAUCACCACACAGGGUAAAUACGCAGCUCUGGAAGCUGACGUCAUCAAACCUCUGCUUGUCCUGGUGAACGAUGAAAGCAGCGAGGUGAGGCUGAACGCCAUCAAAACCAUCACCACGGUGUCUGAAGCACCUGAGGGGAGGAAAGUGCUGCUGGAUCAUGUGGAUUGGAUCGAGGACAGGAGCGAGGACCCCAGCGAGGCUGUCAGAAAGGCGGUCAAGAUCGCCAUCGAUAUCAUCACCUGGAAGCCUUAGAACGUACCAUUGAUCACAAAAUCUGCCCUCCCAGUCUCGAUCACCUCAUUCUCUAUCCUUUUGUUUCUAUCUUUCCUCUCUUUAACUUUCCUUCUAUUUAAUUACUUGCUGUUUUCAAUCCUGUGCCUUCACACCCAACCCCAUUUCUACCAGCUCACGUUCUUGCUUCUUUAUGCCGUGUAAUUUUCCCCAUGUGUUUCCCUAUUUAAAAGGUGUCUUUUCCCAUUUUGUUUACUUGGUUCACUUCCCAUUCCAUCCUCCAGAGCACUGUAAUCUCUGCUUUCUUGAAGCUAAUUAUCUCAUUGCCAUUUAAGAUGUGUUAAUCAUUGCCAAUCUAGAUUUAAGCCACCAUUACAUAGAAUAUUAAGGCGCGGAAUGCCUUGCCAUUCAGCCCAACUGCAGUCAUCUGUGCAAGUCUUUAUCCUCCACAUGAGCCUCUGCCUCUAAACCCCUCAUGUACACAUUGAUGUUCCUCUUUCAUAUGUUGAUCCUUUUUGCUUCAACCACAGAUUCCAACUAUAGUUGCACAUUCUCACCACCCUCGGCAUAAAGUCCUUCCUCCUAAACUCCCUUUUCAAUCAGAUACCAUGGUAUUUACAUCUCUCAUUUCAAACUCACCAACAAAUGGAGACAGACUACAGCCUAUUAACAUUCAACAAUUGGUUAAACUUUUUUUUAUCCACAUAUUCCAUUCUCUUGUAUCCCCUGCUAUUCUGCUCAUCUUUUUUGCUCCCAAGAUCCCAAUUUUAAGAGUUCCUUUUGUGUCUUCCAAUUCCCCCAUCGCUUUGUCUCUCAGUUUCUCAUUCCCUGUGAUUCCUUUCAUUCUUUCUCUCUCAUCCCUUUCUAACUCUGUCUCCUCUUUGUCUCUCUUUUACUGCUUUCCUUUAUUCUGUGUUGAAUGUUAGCUUUUAAGUUAGCCCAUUGCAGUGUAAUACAUGGUAAAUGUACCUUACAUUUGUGAAGCAAUUUGGCUUCUCAUUGGGUUUAACACAGCUUGUUAGGUGGAAAUAAAUGAUGUAGCACCCAGGACUGGUAUGGCCACGAACUGUGUAAUUUCUUUAAUUAAUUAAUUAAUUAAUUAAU